AUGAUUCUGGCGGCAAGCGUCAAUCCGUACAGCAACAGCGCAUCAAGCCUUGCAAAUCAUGUCAUGACAAUUACGGAUGUCACUGAUCAGUAUCCGGACGACGAUGAUGGCGAAAUGCAGGAAGGAAGCCUAGUUGAAUAUUGUCGAAUAAAUCAUCGUGAAAAUGCGCUAUAUCAGCCGAAGAUCUGCCUGGCUGAUAAAGUCAUCAAAAUGACCACAGCGGAGCAACCGCAACAGCACGGCGACAAUUUUGCUAAAACGGUAUAUUUUUUUUGA